AUCUCCCAACAGCCCAACACACAGCCAGGUGCCAAAGUCAAAAUGGCACGUGUUGUGUUGUCAAAAGAUGAGAAGAUCUUCAUAAAGAAUGGUGUUUUUGAUGACUUUCGACUGGAUGGAAGAGAAAGAAAAGAUUAUAGAUAUUUUGAAAUAGAAACGGACGUCGUUUCCAACACGAGUGGGUCAGCAAGACUUCGAUUGUCUAAAACAGACAUUCUUGUUGGAGUAAAAGCUGAAAUUGGAGAGCCUGUGUUUGGAUUUCCAGAUUAUGGAAGAAUCGAGUUUCUUGUAAACUGCUCGGCAAAUGCGUCUCCCAAAUUUGAAGGUCGUGGUGGGGAAGAAUUGUCGUCAGAAUUAAGUAGAAUAUUGGACAAAGCAUUUAGUAACAAGUCGGCAAUUGAUCUCAAAUCACUGUCUAUUGUAUCUGGACAACAAUGUUGGGUUUUAUACGUCGAUGCUUUGGUUUUGGAAUGUGGUGGAAAUCUCUUUGAUUCUUUAUCAAUUGCAGUCAAGGCUGCAUUACAUAACACAAGGAUUCCUAAUGUCACAGUGAAUGUUGAAGAAGGAAUGAAUGAGCUAGAAAUUUCUGAUGAUCCUUAUGACUUUAGUCGUAUUGAUAUCAAGAAUGUGCCUGUAUUUGUAACUUUAAAUAAGAUUGAACAUGAAUUUGUGGUCGAUGCUUGUAUGGAGGAAGAGUUUUGUACGGAUGGUCAAAUACUGGUCGCAAUAAAUGGUGAUGGUAAUAUCUCUGGCAUACAGAGAUUGGGUUCUAGUGCAGUUGAACCUGAGCUCUUGGCUGAAAUGUUGGAGGUGGCUGUAGAAUUGGAAAAUCAUUAAAUAAUCAACUGUGCCAAGCUCUUAAGUUUGAAGAACAGGAUAGUACAAGGGAGAAAGUUGGUUUUGUACCAGCAGCUGAAUAUACCAGUAAAGUAUGCCAAUAAGAGGGUUACAAUUUGUUGAUACGAUCUGGGAAUUCCCCAUCAUGGGGAUCGCCGAACAACGCAGAUGGUUCCCAGUCCUCUCAAGAUGAAAUUGAUCAAACAAGAUGGCGGAAAAAUUUGAAAUAAGUUCUGUAAUUCAUAUUUUUGUGUAAAUAUGCUAUCUCAUAAUGGUAUUAAUAUAUUUAUUUUAUUCUUACUUCAUACCCUUAUGCCAUCAAA